AACAAUCUUUUCUCUUUCUGACCGGGCGGCUUUUUGGAUCUCUGGGGCUGUGGUGGCAACGGCUGACAAACUUUACAUGUUAGAUUAGAGGAGAGAAGAAAUUAUCAACUCACGACAAUCCUGAUAAAUGUAUCUAACAUUUGCUGAUAUUUGCACGAACAUCUUUAGAAAGCUGGUUUUCUUUCUUUAGUCUCCACUUUCGCCCGUUUUGAACAUGGAUUCCAGAUAUAUUAUGGAGAAGUCGUCGGUCGGGGCAAGGGUCGGUAUCGCUGGGGCGGAUUUCAACUGUCGGACGGGCCGCUCCGUGCUCCGCGACACCCGGGUCUCCACUAUGGCGGAGAAGAGCGCUGCCAUGCCGGUGUACAUACACAGGCCUGUACUUUAUAAAUUCGUCAUGGACGUGGAAUCAGCGGCGGAGGAGGUGAAAAGUGAAAGAAGCUCCGAGAAAAGGAACGGACACUGUCCCAGGGCUCCAAUAUUGGACCACACGGAAAAAACUGGUGUGGGAGACCAAAAUGACACUGGUUCCACUGGGAUCUUGAAGAGGGCCAGUCCCACUCACUGCCCCGGCAUGAAUGGACAACUACCAGGUGGCCUCAAGCAUCUGGACAUCAGCAACCCAGGGAAACAGUCAGAGCUGACCAACGGCUUCAGGGCAGCUCAAGAGCAACAUGUACGGCUGACAGAAAGACAGCCCCUCCCUUCCUCCCACAUCCCUGUCCCCAGAAACAGGAAGCCCUCAGGUCAUGCUGAUAAGGAGGUGAUGGCUGCCACUGUCCUGACCUCACUGUCCACAUCCCCUCUGGUGAUCUACCCUUCAUCUGCAUCUACAGAACCAGCCAGCAGGGCUUGGAAAGAGGUGCUAUCAGAUAGUUACAGCAGCUCAACCAGCGGCAACUGGAGCUGGGAUGCCAGCGACCAAUCGGUGCCCUCCACGCCGUCCCCGCCCCUCUCCAACGACAACAACAAGAACUUCCUGAUCUCGUCCCAAGGUGACGAUGUCAAUGAGGACAUCACAGAGAGCACACACUUCAUGUUUGAGGAGCCAAUACCUCGCAAGCGAAAGAACUCCAUGAAGGUGAUGUUUAAGUGCUUGUGGAAGAACUGUGAAAAGGUCCUCAGCACUUCCUCAGGGAUCCAGCGACACAUCCGCACUGUCCACCUGGGACGAAACAGCGACUCGGACUACAGCGACGGGGAGGAGGACUUCUACUACUCAGAGAUCGAGGUCAACAUGGACAGUCUAUCAGAGGGCUUGUCCAGCCUCACGCCCACCUCCCCAACCACGGCCGGCCCUCCUCCAGUGUUCCCUCUGCUGCUCACAGAUGUCCCUCCCCCUGAACACAUGAGCCACGCCCCCACACUGCUCAGCCAGUCAGCUCCCUCCACACUAUGCCACAUUCGCACUGAUCACGCUUACCAGGGGCCGGUGACACACGUGGGUGAAAAGAGGCCGCCUGCAGCCAACACACACACCACUGUUCACAAGAACCAUGCUGUGGUAACAGCACCAGCAAAGUCCAUACCAGGAACCAGGAAACCCCGCGGGGAGGCAAAGAAGUGCCGGAAGGUGUACGGCAUGGAGAAGAGAGACAUGUGGUGCACAGCAUGUCGCUGGAAAAAAGCCUGUCAGAGAUUCACCGACUAAUCCCCCGUGAGGUGAGCUCUUCCUCACCGAGUGAUGCGAGGCGGACUCUUCCACCGAGGGUUUGUGGGGGGGGGGGUUUCUUUACGAUGGAGCUCUUGGUGUUCUCUUGGGCUUCCUCCAUCCCAGCAGGGGCUUCUCUCCUUCUCUCUCUUCAGUUUCCCAACACAACUAAGAAAAUGAAAAAAACUAACUUUGUGUACGUUUGGAGACUUUUUCUAAGACUGAGACAUUUUCACUCUGAUGGAAAUAAAGACAAAAAAAAUCUCAAUUGGAUUCUGAACCGUCGGAUUGGAUUGUUGCCAUUUUUAACAGCUGAAAUUUAAAGAUGUCAGAUAAGCUUUUGUUCAUUAUUGGAGCGUGAGGUCAGCUCCUGUUUCUAGGAUGAUCCUGAGGCUGAACCAGAUUAGCUUGGUAAGACCGCUGCAGCACUUCACACCGAGGCGAUCACAGCUCAUAUGUUUGGUGUAAGCUAUAAACCAAAUCUAUGACAUCACCGUCUUCUACAGUCUCACUGGGUAUUGACUGUUUAUUUGCACCCGAUCAUACAACUGGUACCAAGUGGAACAAAGAGUUUUCCCUUAAUUUUACAAAAACAUUUUUGAGAGAUAUAAAAAAUAAAGGAAAUAUGUUUCCCUCUCUCCUUAAAGAAAACGAGUCAACCUUUAGAAAAGUACUGUAUCCACAGUACUCGGCUCAAAUGGAGCAGUCAGUGCAGUCAGUGCAGUCUGUGCAGUCUGUGCAGUCUGUGCAGUCUGUGCAGACUGUGCAGACUGUGCAGUCAGUGCAGUCUGUGCAGUCAGUGCAGUCUGUGCAGUCAGUGCAGUCUGUGCAGACUGUGCAGUCAGUGCAGUCUGUGCAGUCUGUGCAGUCUGUGCAGUCAGUGCAGUCUGUGCAGUCAGGGCAGUCUGUGCAGUCUGUGCAGUCAGGGCAGUCUGUGCAGUCUGUGCAGUCAGGGCAGUCUGUGCAGAUAUUAUCAAGUUGUAAACACUUGGCUCGUUCCGGGUGUGUGCGCUCCCUGUAAACAUACUGUUAGCCACUAGGUGUCUCUCUUUGUAGACUGAGGUCUGAUUUCAUCAUUCAUCGUCGUCAUGGAAACCAUUUUUAAGUCCAUCCCACACUGAUAAACAUCCCAACGUUUUUACUCAGAUCCUGAAAAAGGAAACUGACGAGCAGGUGUUUUUGAGGUCGGUCAGGACGGCACAUGUCAGAUUCACCUUUGUGCUAAUGUUAGCAGCUUUUUGAAUGUAGCCUCUGCUGCAUGUGCUCCUGACACUGACCUUACCUAAUCGCCAUAGCAACGUGUGACAAACACACACACACACACACACACACACAGUGCCUGUCCUUCCCUAUAUCAGCACUUUGAGCAGCCUCCUUGACUAAAGAGGAGUGUGACCCAAAGACCUCUGUCACCAUAGUAACACCUGUUACUAUGGCAUCACGUUAGAAAAGACCACUUUCCAGCAACAGCAGCACACGUGGUCACUGUUGCAGUGAUGUUCAGUGAUGUUCAGUGAUGUUUCUCUGCCUGUGAAACUGUCCAUUCACAGAUUGCUGGUGUGCUUCCCUCUCAGUGUGUGUGUGUGUGUGUGUGUGUGUGUGUGUGUGUGAUCGCCGCUCGCACAAACUUCACAAAGUGCCAAUAAAAAGAACAUUAAAGAGAAACAGGUAAACUGACCUAAUAAAAUUGCACUAUGUGGCGCUGCGCAAAGACAUGUUUUUAAUACAUGGACCUUUUAUAUACACGUACGUGUGUGUGUGUGUGUGUGUGUGUGUGUGUGUGUACAUACACAUCUUUUGUGGAGGGCUUGUUUGGAGGAGGUGUCAUCACUGCCGGGUAUCAGGCAUUUAUCAGGGUUCUGCACCUCUGUGGCCCCGUUGUUAUAAGCACGUGACGAGCUAACGUCGCGCUGUGUGACGAAGGACAGCGCGGUGUUAGCAGCGCGAGAGGAGGACGAGCGUGUGCCUCGUCUCAGUGACGACACACACACACACACGUACACACACGUUUUAUUCUGAAGGCUCAACUCUGUGCUUCCUUUACUUAAAUAAGAAAAACUAAAUAAAAAAAGCAGUUGAUGCUUGUGUACAGAGAGCAGAGAUGUGUGGUGAGUGUGAUCCUGUCAUCAGCUCACUCUGAGGUCCUUUCACACGGUGACUGUUCACAGAGCACUCUGCUGUCUAUAUACACACCUUACUUCCUGCUCUUCAUAAACCUGCUCGGAAAAGUAUGUUUGUAUCAUUGGCUUUAACUGACUCAAGUCUUAGCAGUAGUAACAGUAGCAGCAGCAGCAGUAGUAGUAAUAGUAACAGUAACAGCAGCAGUAGCAGCAGUAACAGCAUCAGAAGCAGUAGUAGCAGCAGUAACAGCAUCAGAAGCAGUAGUAGCAGCAGUAACAGCAUCAGCAGCAGUAGUAACAGCAUCAGCAUCAGAAGCAGUAGUAGCAGCAGUAUUAGCAUCAGCAGCAGCAGCAGCAGUCAUGUUGUAUUGAGUGCGUGUGCUGUGGCUCUCUGGACAGUCACGUGUAUUGUCAGUGUGUAUUUGAGGACCUCGCUGUAACUCGUUACUAAAUAGAUGAGCGUGGUUGGCGGUGCAGAGAUCCAUCCCAGAUCAAAGCUGAUUGUCAGGACUGUUGUACAGAUGCAACAAAGAGAGAAGAGAAUGCUGAGGCUUGGUUUUCCUGUCGUAGCUCUUGUUUUAUUUUUUACAGUGUAAUUGCUCAUAAAUAUUGUUUCUGUCUUUUUUAAAAAAAGCUUUAGUGGAUAUAACACGUCACUCUUCAGUGUGUGUUGCAGCGUUUAGAGGCAAAGUUGUUGAAUGUAAAAGCUAGAAAAAGAAACAAGGAUAUGUGUGUGUGUGUGUGUGUGUGUGUGUGUGUGUGCAGUGUUGCUUCACUGUCUUAGUGCAAUGAGCAUGUGCUUCAUAAUGGAACACGUUCUUCUUCUCCUCCUCUCACUCUGUGGCUGUUUCUUUUGUCUUUUGUGUUUUUCUGAAUAUAUGUGAUUCUCAUGGAUAUUUUUGUGUGGUUGUUGAUGUUAGGCAGGAUAACCUUUGACCUUUUGGUCAUGAUGAUUAUUUGAAGCUUGCAGGAAUCGUUUUUGUAGUUUUUUGGAAUCCUGCCCUGCACAUUCCAACAACUCCUCUCCGCUGCAGUGAUGACUGUCCCGUCACCUUGUCCUCUUCCAUUUCCUGUGUGUCUCCAGCUUUACUGUGGUCCCACCUAAAGCCUUUACCCAGUUUAUUAAGCUAAACUAAAACCCUUGAAAUGUGCACAAAAAAAACCUUUGUGUUUUUCAAAUAUGUCAAAAACAAACAACAAAAAAAAACCUUUGUGUGCUGCUUUUGUUGAAUGUCAGUUGUCAGUUGUGUGUGUGCAGCAGCAGCAGCAGCAAAGCCAAAUCAAAUGUAAUGAAUUGUAACGGCAGCUCCUCAUCCUGUGUCUGUCUGUCUGUCUGUCUGUCUCUCUGUCUGUCUGUGUCUGUCUGUCACUUCACAGUCCAGUCAUAACAUCAUGCUGUCAUAGCAAGGAGCUAACACCGCUAACUGCAAUGCAGCAGUUGCGUUCCAUAUUAGCAACCACUGUUAGCAUUAGCAGUGUGCACACACACACACACACACAGCAUAGCAACAUGUCGAUGUUUAAAAACGACAGAGUUCAUGACCUCACACAGGCUCCUCCCACAAAGAGGAAGAUCAAUAUUGCAUAAAGCAUGAUGACGAGGAAACAACGUUCAUGUUUCUUCCAAAACUUAAGAUUUUUACAGACCAAAUAACAGUAGAACCAGGAAAACUAGAACCAGUACUUGAGUGCUACUGGUUCAUUGUAGCUGGCCCAAGGUUUCAAUAAUCACACAGAGACCUGUGUCCCGUCCUCGUCCAACACUAAAUCAUCAUUUGUCAGUCAGUAGCAGUGUUGUUGUGAGAGGGCAGCAACAAUAACCACGGCAACCGCUCCCAUCAAAACACAUCUAAAGACUAUAUUUUGCUUAUGUUUAUGCAAAAUGUGAGUUCAGCUUGUUUGGGUUGAAAUAAGCUUUGAGAUGAGAGAUUAUUAGAGAUUAGAUGUUAAAAACACGAGGAUCUUAAACAAUGUUAUGACUUAACUGUGAUGUGAAGUGUUUCCCCGCUCUGAAAACUGACUCUUGCUUUGUUUUGUUGUUUUUUUAUCGAUUGAUCGAUCAGUUGUUCGGUUGAGUUUGAGGUUGUUUUGCAUCUCACACAUCGCUCAUUUGAUUUUUCCUGUUUGUUUCCGUGUUUGGAAACACUGAACACUGAAGGGUUUAUUAUGCGUUAACAUUUUGCCUUUUCAGUAACUGAUAACCCGAGAGUGAAUGACUUUGUUUUCCCCUUAAUGUAAGCGCACACACACACACACACACACACACACACACACACACACACACACACAGUGAGGUCACUGUGUGACAUCAUGCAGUCUCUUACCCUAUCAGAACUGAACGCUUCACCAUAAUUAAACCAUGUUUUAACCCAUAAACAGUCAUUUUAAGGUGUGACAGAACAUGACGACCCCAAAUGACCCUCACUUUCACACACACACACACACACACACACACACACACAGUGCUAAUAACAUUUUGGGGGAAACACAACGUCAGCCUUGGGCCACAGUUCCUUGUGUGUGUGUGUGUGUGUGUGAGAUCAGACCGUGGUCAUGACCUCACACACACAGAGACACACACACACGCACAGAGGAAGCACUUUGUGAGGAGUGGUGCACUCAAAGAGUAUUUGUGUGAAUGUCAAGUCUGUGACUAAAGUGCUUGAAAAGAUGGAUGACUAUGUGUGAUGCUGAUAAAUGUGAUCUAUGUGACCGAAAGAAAAUAAAUCUGAACGCAAGA